AUGGGAUCGGGUCCGAGGGCCGUCUUCCACCUGCUGUACUCCCUGAUCGGCCACGGCCACGAGGACGCGGAGGCAGCGCGCAGGCUGGACCCGCCGGACGACUUCUUCCGCGUCCGGAUGGUGGUUGCGGCGCUGUCCACCUGCGGCAUGUACUUUAAGAAGGGCGCGGCGGGGCGGCGGCUGGACAGGUUCCUCACGCUCUUCCAGGCUUACCUGUUGGCCAAGGACCCCCUCCCCUUGGAUGUCGAGUUUGAUGUUCAGGUCCGCCCCACAACCCCCUGCCUGCCCACUGCUGGUGCUGGUCACGGCCGCCCUUGUUCACCCAGCCACCAGUCCGUUAGCUCGCCAAACAACUAUGCACCCGUCCACCACACCGACGAGUGGUCGUAG